AUGGUUAUCCUUUGGGAGGAAGUGAGGGGAGCCGUUUGCGAGGAGGAACAGCAUCUGAAAGCCCUUCAAGGGAUUUUCCAUGGCCUUUAUGGAAACAUUCAGGCUUGGGAACACGAAGCCAUCGACCAGGUCAAGACCCUCACUCAUCAGCACGUCCGGAAAUGUGAUGCACAGAGGAGCAAGUUGGCGGAUCUGUCGCGGGAGAUCUCGACGUUGUUGAGAAGGGCAGAGGAGGCCGUCGACGAUCCCACGAAUGCUACCCUUAACGCCUGUCAGCUUAGCAUUGCUCUCCGUCGAUUCUCCCAACUUCCCAUCUACCUCGUCCAAGAAAAGGGAAAACUGAAAUCUCCCCAAUCAAAGGAAGCCGAAGACGUCUCCAUGGAGCUCCUCACCAUUUACAAUAAGAAGCCCCUCAUCCAGGUGCAGCCAAAGUUGAAGAACCUGGAGGCAUUGAAGGAAUCCUUGCUGACUAUCUCCAUGGCUCCUGAGAGUGCUAAUUCCCCUAUGUGCCUCAAAUCCCAAUCAGAUCUUCCCUCCUCAAUUGAUCUCAAUCUCUGCUACACCUUUGAUGAUGAAAGCUCCAUCAUAGAUGGGGGAAUCUCUAGUGCAGGGUCCCAGUCCUCAAUGCUGCAGUUGGAUGAAGCAAUCCAAGAUAACCUGGAAGAGCCCAGUCAAUCAAAAAGCACAGAAGUUCCUAAGGGGACUUCCCAGCGUUUGGUUCCAGCCAUCCAGUUUCUUCAGAACAGAACCAGUUACACCCUAGAGGGAGCUGAGAGGGGUGCUGUUUAUGAGGAAGCAACAGUAGUGACGCACAUCAAGGAUCCCAGCUGCUUCUAUGUGGUCCGUAAAGAAGAUCUUCCUCAACUUGAUGCCCUUCAAAAGGCUCUCAUCAAGUGGUGUGAGUCUCUUGAGGCUCAAAUGCACAUCCCUCAAAAUGUAGAAAUUGAUAAGAUGUAUGCUGGCAAGUACUCAGCAGACCAGUUGUGGUAUCGUGUUCGAGUAAAGAAUGUCAUCAACACUGCAGAGGGGUGUCAGGCUGCUGAGGUUCUAUACAUUGACUAUGGGAACUCUGAAAUCAUCCAUAUCUCUGAAAUGAGAGUGAUCCCCCGAAAGUUUGUGCGAGACCCAGACCAUGCAGUCUGCUGCACCUUGCAUGGAAUAGAACCUCCAAAUUGUGGACAAUGGUCAGAGGAUUCCAUCCGCACAUUUGCUCUACUUCUUGACAAGCAUGGUUUUGGGUAUGAGCCACUGACCAUGGUUGUGCUUGGGAAGAAGGGAGACUUGCAUGAAGUGGAUCUCCUCAGACCACUGGGGAAUGAGAGCAUCAAAAACGAAUGUCCUAUAUCAGUUGCAGAGACCUUGACCUUCCUUGGGAUGGCCCUCUUUCGUGGCACUGAUCCUCUUUCUCUUCUUGGACAGGUUGGCCAAAACCUCCACAACUUCACAAAUGUCAUGGAUAAGCUUCAAACAGAGUAUAUCAAGAGGUCAGGAGACAAGUGGAUUGUAUGGAACCCCAAGAAAGGGAUGGUUUGUGCAGCUGAAUACAUCAUGGACCACCAGUGGUAUCGUGUCAAUGUUGAUGGGACUCCAGGCCGGCAGAUGGUCGAUGUUUUUUAUGUUGACUUUGGCAACAGGGAGCGGAUUCAUGUAGACAGCUUGAGACAACUUAGUGAUGGUUUCCUGAGUCUCCCAAGGCAGGCCAUUCACUGCCGUCUGGCAGAUAUCUCCUCCUCAAGAGGUCCCCGCCAGGGAGCCAUCUUCUCAAUUGAAGACAGUCAGGCUUUUGCCUCUAUGGUAGAAGGCAAGCGUUGUCGUGAAACAGAGCUCUUGUCAAUACCUGUGGUUGAGGAGCUUCCUCGCUUGGAGACAUUGAUUCCUGAGGUAGAGGAGAAUCCUCCAACCCCUCCCCAGAAGCAGGCUGUCCUGGCAAUAAAACAAGGACGGCAUGGAAGCAAGAAGAAGAAAAGUGACAAGGUCAAUGUCACUCUGGCCCAUUUUCUCUCUCCAUCAGAAUUUUACAUCCAUCUCAUCUCACAUGAUCUCCCUGAGAAGCUCUCCAAGCUCAUGUGCAUUUUGCAAGAGACAUUUCAAGGUGGAAAGAAGAGCAUGAUGAUAAUGAAGGGAAUGGCCUGGAGUCCUGGAGAUGUAUGUGCUGCCCGUUCUUCCAAGUCGCAGAAUUGGCAUCGAGGACUCAUCCUUGAAGUCAAGGACAAUGAAUCUAAUGAACCCAUGGCCUCUGUGAAGAUGGUAGACUUUGGAUUUAAGGAGGAUGUACCCUUGAGGAAUCUGUGUCCCCUUCCUGAACAUCUGUGCCUGGAGGAGAACUUCUCAGUGCGGUGUCACCUAGCUGAUGUGAUUCCAGCUGGUGGGACAGCACAAUGGUCAGCAUCUGCACGGGAGUCCCUGCGGGAAAUAUUGGAGAGUGAACCAAAUAUAUAUGUGUCCAAAAUGGGAGAGAAAAAUGAGGAAGGGUCCCUACCAGUAGACAUUUAUUUGAGAACAGCUGGAGAAGUGGGUGCUCUGGAUCCUGUGCUCUAUGAAUAUCGCUCUGUCUCUACAGUGCUCAAGGAGAAGGGCCUAGCCUUACCCAGGACCAAUGUCCUAAGGAAGGAGAGCCGUUCCCGUUCCCAUGGUAGGUCCCAUUCACAAAAGAGGACUUCCUCAUCUCCUAGAAAAGUACCCACUGCCAGUCAGAGUCCAUCCAAAUGCCUCAACCAAGCUGCAUGUCUUUGUCUGAAGGUUGCCAAGCCAGAAUAUGGUGUUUGUCUUGCAAGGUUAGUCAUGGCUUUCACAUCAGCCACAUUUGUAUCAUCACUUCUGAAGUUGGACAAGCCCUUCACAGGGCUUGUCCUCCAGGCUAAAAUGUCCACACCUGAACUUUUGAAACCAAGAAAUGAAGAGGAUGUGGGCAAGAAGAAAGAGAAAGAGGAAGAGGCUAGGACUUUCUGGCUUAGACAAGAAGACCAAGAGGAAGCUGUUGCAGAAGAGAGGGAAUUGAAUCCAGUAGAAGAAAUCCUCCUUGGCCAGAAAGAUGGUUUUAAAAGGGAGAAAGGAGGAAAUGGAACCAAUAGUGCAACUGAACAAGAUAUGAUUGUUGGAGAGGAAGGAGAAGAGGAGGUUGGAGUGGAAGGAGAAGAGGAGGUUGGAGUGGAAGGAGAAGAGGAGGUUGGAGUGGAAGGAGAAGAGGAGGUUGGAGAGGAAGGAGAAGAGGAGGAGGAGGGAGGGGAUGAAGAUGCAGAUGAAGGAGAAGAGGAAUGGGGAGAGUCUAAAAGAAGAAAGCGAGUUGAGGAACCAGUGAAGAUCACCAGAUGGAAGAGAAUCUUUAUACCAGAAGAGAAUGAAUAUGCUGCUCUCCCCACACAUGUUGACUAUGAUGGUGUCAUCUAUCUUCACAACAUCGACAAAGCUACAGACGUUCUGCUCCUCAUCCGUGAUGCUCUGAACUCCAAGUAUGGGAACUCAGUGGCCAAACCCCAUGAUCUCUAUUGGUUCCCUGGGCAGCCAUGCAUUGCUCUCUAUCUGGAUCAGAAUUGGCAUCGAGGGACUGUGACCAAGAUAUGCAAUUUUGAUAGCAAGCCCAUCAAUGAGGAGAUCCUCAAAGACAUCAAUAGGGUCCUUUCUGUCACCAAAAUCAAUCAAGAUUCUGUUCUGAACCAAAGAUUUAAAGGAUGGGCAUUCCUUGGCCACGUGGAUCCAGUCCCAAGGCAAUUCCUGACAAGUCGAACUUCAGAUAACUCAAAACGAUUUGCCCGUUCUCAAAAAGUUCAAGUGGAGGAUGGGACCGGGAAUGUGGAGGUGUUCUUUGUGGAUUAUGGUACUAAGACUCUCCUUUUACCAAAUCAAUUGAGGAAGAACAUUCUCCUUGAGGACAUCCCAAUGCAGGCCAUCCCAUGCGAACUCUAUGGUGUUGCUCCUAAUUCAGUCGAUGGGAAAUGGCCAACUCGUGUCUUGGACUUCAUGCAUAAGACAGUGGUGGAGAAGCGCUGUGAUGUUUUUGUCUGCAAGCGUAAACCUCAUCAACUUUUGGUCAAACUGAUCAUUCCAUCAGGAUUGGACUUGGGUGAGAUGCUAGUUAACAUGAGAGAUGCAAUUGAGAUAAAGCCAGAUGACAGAGAGGAAUAUGGAGAUGAAGUUGAAGAUGCUCCCUCAAGUACCAUCAGAUCCAACUCUGUCUCUCCUGUUCAAUUUUAUCCCAAAGAAGAGGAUGAGGUGAAGGUAGAGACACAGGAGGAAGAACAUAACUUUGAAGGGGAAAUGAAUCCUUACCCUCCUCAUCCUCCCCUUGAGAUGCAUACUUUCAUCCCAGUUCGCAUUUCAGCAAUUGACCUCAAUAAUCCUACCAGGGUUUUCCUGCAAGAAAGAGCAAAGAGAGAAAAGGCAAAGGACUUUGGUUGCUCACAUGAGGAUUUCAUCCAGAUGGAAAGUUCUUUGAAGCAUGAAGGUCCUUCCUUCCCUUACUUGACUGACAUCUGUCUUGGAACAGCAGCCACAUUCCAGUCAAGUGAGGAUGGUGCUUGGUAUCGAUGUUAUGUGAUCAAGGAAGUGGGGGAUUCAGAAUGUGAGGUGGUUCUUGUUGACUUUGGCAAUCUGAAGAUCAUCUCCCGCUCUAUACUUCGACAACUGCCUGCUCACUUGGUGAAUGUGCCAAGGCAUUGCAUCGCUUGUGUCCUGAGCAAUAUCCAUGCUCCUCCAGAUCAGAAAUUUCCCUAUGACAAAAGUGUCAUGGCAGAGGCCCUUUCUCAGUGCCUGUUUCAACACUGUCAGCUUUAUGCUUAUGUUAAGGAGGUGAGUACCUGUCCAAUGGUGGAUAUCUGCUACCUGGAAGAUGAAGAACAAAAGGAAGAUUCAGGCAGAGGGGAGCAGCGAAUGAGACUCGCUUAUGAAUCCCUUAUUCAGUCUGGGCUCAUUGUCCUUACUGAGCAGUCUCUAAAAAGGCUUCAGUUGAGUCAGUUUCAACAGAAUGCCAUCCUGCUCAAUACAAGCACUGCUAUUGACAAGUUAUCCAAGCCUUACCGCAAGGUGUGA